AUGCCUUCUUUGGUCAGAACCAAAGUCACUCUUCCUGACUUGGAAUGGGACUUUGGUGAUUUAGAGCCUUAUAUCUCUGGCCAAAUCAACGAAAUCCACUACACAAAACACCAUCAAACUUACGUCAAUGGCUACAACCAAGCAAUUGAACAACACGCUGAAGCCAAAGCCAAAGGUGAUGUCAAGGCCACCAUCGAAUUACAACAAAACAUCAAAUUCCAUGGUGGUGGUUUCACAAACCAUUGUCUCUUUUGGAAAAACUUAUCUCCAUCAAGCAAAAAGGGUGGAAACUAUCAUGAUCUCGAUCAAAACUCUGAUUUUUACAAACAAGUUGUCACCAAUUAUGGUUCUUUUGAUAACUUGAUCAAUGUGACCAACAACAAGUUGGCUGGAAUUCAAGGUUCUGGUUGGGCCUUUAUCGUUAAAAAUAAGGAAAACAAUUCAAUUGACGUUGUCCAAACUUACAACCAAGACACUGUCUUGAACAAUUUAACUCCUUUAGUUGCAAUUGAUGCUUGGGAACAUGCCUAUUACUUGCAAUACCGAAAUCAAAAAGUCGACUACUUCAAAGCAAUUUGGAACGUCAUCAACUGGAACGAAGCUGCAAAACGUUACGCUCAAUAA